AUGAUCCACAGCACCGCGAUGCAUCACUUCAUCAGGACCUUCUCGUUGUGUCUGAACGUUAACUGCAUUCCGCGGCUGCGAUUUGGAGGGCUCACACCCGAGAUUACUAAUAAUGUGCUGCAAGGCCCGUUGCUUACCCCGCAUCGCACCUUUCUCAGAGCAGGUGCGACAACUAUUCGCAAGAGUGGGAGUCGGUGUUUUUCCCACCAGCAAACAUCGGCUAACUGCUCCGCGGUAUCUUCGACAGAAUCUGCGCAGCACUCCAGCCAUGGGUUUCUUUCACCAAGCGAGUUGCUUUUCCAACUCGUUUCCCCCCACAUAGCCAGUGCACCGUGUGUGUCGAGAGUUGCGCACGUUUACAGUACCAUACCCAAGUCGUUUGAUGAGGUAGUGAGUAACCGCCACCUGCCACCGUCCGUAGUUGAGCAUGACACGCGUCGAUGGCUUCGAAAUCAGUUUGGUACCCUCAGCAGUGCGCUGAGGCAGUUGCAUGUUACAAACUCCACGGAACACUGGGGUAUUUACAUCUCGCAGGACCACGUUUACGUUGUGAAGGCCUACAGCGAGGAGGAGGCUGAGGAAGCGUUUGCAACCUUCAAUGCUGUUACUCACACUUGUGAUGAAAAAUUCGGUGAACCAUCGAUUGACUGUACGUCGCGGCAGCGCACGUCGUUGUGCGAGAGGGAGAGUCUUUUGGAGGUGUUUCAGCCCGUUUUUCCGAACUUCACUCCCCCUCCGCUUCCCCCACCGUCACAGCGGCAGCGUAGUUUUGCUGGGAAACGGAAGAAGCAUGUGCCAGACGGUGUGUUCACCCCUCAAAUGCUCGUUCCGUACGUUCCUACUUUCUUCGUGCCAAUGUCAGAACUCCUUCAGGAGCUGCCAGAGGGAUACACUGCGGAGCAUAUUGAAGGUCUCUUCGCAGCGACGGGGACUUUGGAAAUCGUGGAGCUUGAGGGUGAGAAGUUUGUGCGGUUGCAUGGUGGCAAUCGGUUUUUGGAUUUCACACUCGAUGGAGCGGGUAUUGCUGCACAUGAGCGGUGGAGGGCUUACCAGCCUGACCCUUUUUUGUGCCAGUCUUUCUGCCGAAUAAUGUCAACCUCUGCUCAUUGGGUUUCCCUUCGUGUGCUCAUUAUGAGGUCCCCAACCGCACUCGUCGAGGCCCUUCUGCCGUUAAGGGGCUACAAGACUUUGCUUUUCUUCGCGCAAAUGCAACAUGUCUUCUGUUUUACACCGAGGGGUGAGGGGGAGGUGUGCCGUGCUGCGUCUGUCACCUGUCUCUCCUACCGCGACAGUCCAACACCGGCGGUUGUGUCAGAACUUGUCGGCUUGCUCUCGGGCCAGCGAGCGUACAUUACCGAUUUGCAGCGCUGUGAUAAAUAUAACAAUUCCGGAUGCAUUUGCAUAUCGGAUCACGCCAAAACGCAGAUAAUCAUGUACUAUGGCACACUUAUUAAUUUUUUCCGUGUCCAUGGUGAGAUAUUUUAUGUUGAGGAAGAUUCCCUCGUAGGGCUCAUCUCUGACAGGAAAAUUACAACCAAUACAACGAAAACCUUGGAGGAUAAGCUGGAGGAUGCACUAAUGAAGAAGGAUCGCCGUACAGCCCAAAAAGUACGACGCCGCAUGUCACUGGAGCGAAAUCCAGACAGUCCGUACACUGACCGAGAGGUCCUAUUGGACGCCAUCUUGCGUUACUUGCCGAGGAACCGUUCCAUUUCCCUCAAUUUUCUCUUGAGGUCCUUGCCGCUCUCCUUGUCUGACUUCCUUCCUAACAAACCCCUUGCACUCUUUCAGCAAGCUCCGGAAAAGGUGCGUAUUUUUGAGUACCGAUACCGUCAUCGAUUGCAUCUUAUUCGUCCAGGCGUACCGCUGCCGCCUGGCGUCCUUCGAGAUACGUAUACAGAGCAGGAGUUGCUCUUCCUUUGCGCGGCUGAGCUCCAGCAGCAACCUCGUUUCGCCGUGGACGUUUAUGGGCGCCUUCCCUACGGAGCCAAGGAGGUCAUUCGCCUCCAAUAUAAGGGGCUUCUGGAGCUGCUGAAGCCGCAUCCUCAGUACUUUACCGUGGUGUUUAAGGACUCCCUCCGUAUGGAUUCACGACAGGCACUCGUGACGCUCAUACAAAUGCCCCCAUCGGUGGGCCUUACGGAGGAUGACUAUGGCGCCCAUGUUCCAGACGAUGCUGUCCUGCAGCAACUUGAGGCAGAAGAUAGGGAUGCACUGGAGGCACUACCAGAUGAAGUGCGAAAGACCAUUCGCCAGGGUAAUACUUGA